AUGGCGGCAUCUGUGCGGGAAGUGAGACUUGAGAUUCAAGAGUCAAGACCGAUUCAGCAGGUACGCGUCCGUAACCUCGACUUAGCUGCCGGCGAGCGAUUACUGGAAAAAGCAGCAGAGAGCUUGCUUCUGGCACCAUUGAGGUUCAGUGUUGAUCCCCGAGCCGUGCUCGUUCCCACCAGAGAACAAGUGGAUAUUCGCUUAGCACCUCGUGGCGCACGCAAAUCAUGCCCCGUAUUGGUCGCCGCUUCGCACAAGAUUCGAAAUCUUCACCAUCUUCUCCAAGUAGUCGACUCGGCGCCUCACGACCACCGCGGCGUGCCCGACUUCGCAGGGCCUGAGUUUGAGACCAGAGCAAGCUAA